AUGUCCAGAAACCCACCCACUCUCCUCUCUGCCCCUGAUGGGGUGACUGGCAACCAGCUUGGGCACAGAUUUGCUUCAGUCUGCAAAAUGGACACAAAUCUGCCAUUCCAUUUCAUCUGCCCAUCAGACAGAUGGUUGAUUGAUCAUGCAGUGUGUACCCAGGAUGAGUGUAAGCAUUCUUCAUUGUCACCAACACUCAAUGUCACCCCUGAUUCCCAAGCAUGCGUCCUGUGCAGGCAAGUGGUGAAAGCUCCCCAUUUGUGCCCACAGGUGCCUAAGCCAGCACAUCACUACAUGUCACUUGUCAUUCUGAACACCCCUGCUGGGACCUCCCAAUAA